UAGCCAGAAGGAAUGAAGAGCGGGCUGAGCGGCAAAAUGGAACCGAUGAAAAUAUCGGAAAUCCUGAUCAAGAAAAUGCAAACGGUGCGGCAAUUAAUAACAAUGAUUUGGGCGGAAUACAACAUCGUCCACGCAUGGAAAGAGAUGAUUUUUUAUUAGAUCAUUUCAAGCCACCAAAGUUUAAUGGUUCUUAUGCGGCAUGGACAGAAUGGCGAUCUGCAUAUGAUAGUAUGAUCCAUAACAGUACACUUAACUCAACUCGGAAGCUAUACCUAUUAAAGCAGUGCUUGGUUGGAAAUGCGGAGCGAGUAUUGAGCGGUUGGCAAGUGGUGGGUGAGAGUUAUGAUGAAGCCUACAAUACACUUUGUGCGGUAUACGAAAAUAAUUAUCGAAUAAUCAUGUCAUAUUUGGAUCAGCUAUUUAAUAUGCCACGAUUACAACAAGAAACACAUGAUGGUGUCCGUCUGAUGAUUGAUACAACAAAUGGUGUCAUUAGACAAUUGCGCGUGCGCGGUUCUCCUGUUGAUAAUUGGGAUCAGGUGAUAGUCCACACUUUACUAUCACGUAUGGCACCUCGUUCAUUGGCAGUGUGGGAAGAAACGAAAGAAGGGAAUGAAAUGCCUUCGGUGCAGAAUAUUUUGGAUUUUCUUACGAAACGAGCGCGGGCACAAUUGAAUCGAGAGCAUGUGCAAGCAAGUAAUAAAACGAAUAAUGGGCCAUCUUAUUCAGGUGGUGGUCAAUCCAAUUCAAACAACGGGCAGAAGAGAGCGGGAAAUUCAAGUGGCAAUUCAAAUUCGAAUGAAAAAUCGAAAAAAUUAAACACUCAACACGGAAAUAGUGAUCCACAAAGGGGAGUUUCGUGUAAUAAUUGUCAAUUUCCACAUCCUAUGUUCCGAUGUUCAAGAUUUUUGGCAAUGAGCGUGCCAGAGCGGCAAAGGCGUGUGCGGGAACUAAAUUUAUGCGCCAACUGUUUUUCAUCCAAUCAUAAGGCGGGAUCACCCAGCUGCAAAGCGGGUCCCUGCAAAAGAUGCAACAAGGGCCUUCACAAUACUCUUUUGUGCAAUGUCCCAGUGGCAUCAACAAAUGCAUUGGCGGUUACCAAUUGGCAAGGGCCAUCUUGGAGCGAACAACCAUUUGCAUCAAAUCAUCAAUCAAAUUCAACGACUAUGUAUCAGCCUCCGAGUGCACAGCGUUCAUCUCUUAACCCGGCAGCGCAAAGUUAUUAUAUGGGCAGUGCUCCGAGCGGUAGCCAGGGCGCAAGAGUGCUGUUUGAUAUGGGUUCCGAAGUGAACUUAAUUAUUGAAAGAUUGGUAUACAGAGCCAAUUUACCUAGACAACGAUAUUAUAUUGAAAUUGAAGGAGUCACAGGAAUAAAUGUAGCAAAUUAUGUGACAAUGAUUAAAUUUAGUCCAUGGUUUGAUGAUGAAGAAAGAAUUUGUAUUUUUAAAGUCUGCGUAGUAAUGAAACAGUUACCAAUAGCGCAGAGAACAGAAUGUAGAGCGGAUAUAAAAGAAUUUCAACAUAUAGUUAAAGCCGAUCCAAAAUUUAAUAGAGCUGGAUUUGCAGAUAUUUUAUUGGGCAUAGACACUUGGUCGGAAAUCCUUAUGGGCCAAGUUUUAUGGAGCAGUAUCGGUUUAUGUGCACAACUUACAACAUUUGGUUAUGCAAUUUUUGGUACCAUAGAAGCAACACCAAAAUUAUCAGCUUCUGUGUCGUACGUCGGUAGAGCAGUAAUGUGCAGCGAAGAAACUCAUCGUUUAGAUAAAUUAUUACAACGAUUUUGGGAAUGCGAAGAAGAGCUGAUCAUAGGAAAGGUUCUUUCUAAUGAGGAACAACAAGCCAUUGAAUACUAUCGCAAAACAACAAUUAGAGCAGAAGAUGGGCGAUUCAUUGUACGUAUACCAUUCCGAAAGUCUGACACUGAAUUGGGUCAGUCAAGAGGAAUCGCAUUGCAAAGAUUUUAUCAGUUGGAAAGGAGACUUGAGCGGCUUCAUGGAGUGCGGGAAGAGUAUCAUCGUUCCAUGCGGGAGGCCAUUGAAUCAAAACAUAUGCGAUUAGCUACGAUAAAAGAGCAGCAUGCCACAGGAUAUUAUAUUCCACAUCACCCAGUCCUUGCACGUUUUCGAAUCGUCUUGGAUGGAAGCUGUGCAACCACCAAUGGGAAGAGUGUUAAUGAUAUUCAGCUGGCAGGGCCGAAUCUUCAAGAGAAAUUGGCACAUGUUAUCAUGCGAUUCCGGUUUCAUAAAUAUGUAUUAUCAGCAGAUAUAAAGAAAAUGUUUUUGCAAAUAAGAAUGAACGAUGAGGAUUUAAAAUAUCAAAAAAUCUUCUGGCGUUUCAACAAAGAUGAUCCAUUGCAAGAAUAUGUGCUACAGACAGUGAUAUUUGGCAUGAAAUCGAGUCCAUUUUUGGCAAUUUUUACUAUGCUGGAAUUAGCAAGAAUUUACGAGAAACGAUUUCCAUCUGCAGCAAGAGCGGUUAAGAGCGAAAGAUACAUGGAUGACUUCAUGUCUGGAGGUGACUCCCUUGAGGAAGUUACACGCCUGUAUCGAGAGUUGAAUCAAAUGAUGGCCUUGGGUAAUUUCGAGUUAGGCAAAUGGAAGACAAAUUGUCAUGAGCUGUUAAAUCUCAUAAAUAAAGACGUUGGUGCGGAUAAUGAACCCCUUGAGCUGACAGACGAUUCAACAUCCAUUUUGGGAUUAAAAUGGCAACCGAGCAGUGAUUGUUUCAUAUUUUCAAUUGAAGAGCAGUGGGAUCAGAAUAAACCUAUUACAAAACGUACCAUAGCAAGUCACAUAGCGAGAAUUUAUGAUCCAAGUGGAUACUUAGCACCUAUAAUGAUCAAGGCCAAAGCAUUUUUACAAAAGUUAUGGAAAUUAAAGGUGACAUGGGAUGAAAAAUUGAAUGAAGAAAUUUGUAAUGAUUGGAUAAAUUUUCAUUCAACUCUAUCGGCAAUCAAUAAGUUUCGAAUUCCACGAUGGAUUCAAACAACAAAGGGCAGAGAAAUUGAGCUGAUUGGGUUUGCAGAUGCAUCAGAACUCGGCUAUGGCGCAGGAAUUUAUGUGCGUUGUUCAAGUGGUGCGAGCAGCUGGUGUAAUUUAUUAACAUCCAAAACUAGAGUAGCUCCAGUGAAGACCGUGACAAUACCACGUCUUGAAUUAUGUGCAGCGGAACUACUCGCAAAAUUGAUGUUUAUAGUACGUGAUAAAUGUGAAUUCAAAUAUGUGCCGUAUGAGUGUUACUCAGAUUCAUCGAUCACUUUGAGCUGGAUCAGGAGCUGUCCCUCCAAAUUAAAGAUUUAUGUAGCAAAGAGGGUACAAUUGAUUCAAAAUCUGGUGCCGAAAGAACAUUGGUUCUAUGUACCAUCAAAACAGAAUCCGGCUGACAUUGCCUCAAGAGGAAUGUUAGCAACCGAAUUAAUACAGUGCAGUUUAUGGUGGCAUGGUCCACAAUUUAUUUUUGUUAAUCGAGAUAGAAGAGAAAGAUUUCAGCCAGAAUUCACUGGUGAGGAGCGGAACACUAUUCAAAGCGAAUAUCGGGCGGCCGUCACGGCCAACAUAGUAUUGAAUAGCAGGCCAAUGGUGGCACUGUCGGACGACCCGACUGAUCUUAAUUAUUUAACUCCAUCACACGUAUUUAUUGGAGAGCAGAAUAUUCAACCUCUUGCAGCGAAUCUUCGAGAAAUUCCGUUGAAUCGUGUAAAACAACAGAAAAUACUCGAUAGAAUUCAACAAGACUUCUGGAAUGUGUGGCGCAAGGAAUAUCUUGGCACACUACAAAAUCGUUAUAAAUGGAAUAAAACUGAGCAGAAUUUAUGUGUGGGAGAUUUUGUGCUGUUAAAGGAAGAUAACAUUCCGCCAGGAUUUUGGCCAGUAGCACGAAUAUUGGAAGUAUUCCCAGGACCAGGUCGCACCAG